CGCUUUUUUCUUAGGUUUAACCUCCCGUUAUCAAUUUUAAGUCAUGCAACACCUAAGACAAACUCUUAUCCUUCAAAUUCGACAUCAACUUAAUGAAACUUGGCCCUUACGUAUUGAAACUUUAACCAAUUUUCUUAAUGAAUUACAAGACCAAAUAUACAAAAAAGAUACUCAGACUUCCCCUCGGCCUAGAAAGCGACCUGCCCUCAAUAACAAUAAUUUACUCCCCGAUAUACCUGAUAUACCCGAUAAAUCCCCUAGCAAUCUCUCAUAUAUCCCGAUAAUAAUUCGUGAUGGUCAAUCCCGAAUUAAAAACGAAUGUUUUCAACUACUCCAAGAAUGCGAUCGUGUACGCGUCUUGGUUAAUCUACAAUUUCCAAAAAUAUCGUCAAAUGAAAUUUCGUCUUUAGAAGACGUUUUAUCUGAAUUAUCGCAGGCUCAAACUACCUGUAUAUCAAUUCGUGCCUCAAUAUCUAAAUAUGCCAGAACAAGAGCCAAAAUCAUUAGUAAGGGAGAAGGUGAACAAAGAUGGAUAGCUGUUCAAGAAAUAGACGAUGAGGCUAUAUUUCUAAUUUUUCAUUAUUCUACGCAGUUACGUAAUAUUUAUGUCGUAUUAUAUACUUUGGUGCAGCGAUAUCUGUCAUUAUUAUGUUUGUAAAUAGAUGCUCUGAAUAUAAUAUAAUUUGAAUUUAAACCAAGAAAAA